GGCGAGCGGAGCGGCGAGCGGAGCGGCGAGCGGAGCGCGCGGCGCGGCGCGUCCCGCAAUGAGCCGCCGACGAGCUCCGGAGCAGCGGCGCGGGGAUGGCCGCAACACGAGGGCGGCCUGGAUCGUGACUGUGACCGCCCUCAUCACCGCUCAGACGGCCGGAGGAUCAGCGCUGCUCCCAGACCCUGAGGUUUUUCUGGAAAAGUACGGCUACCUCCAUCAGGAGGACCACAUCCACAAUGAGGUCGAGGUGCAGUCAGCCAUCAGCGGCUUCCAGUGGUUGUCCCGGCUCCCCGUCACGGGUGAACUUGACGGCGCCACGCUGAGGCAGAUGACGGAGCCCCGCUGCGGGGUGUCGGACGAGGGCAGCCGGCACACCUGGGCUCGGAGAGUCAACGCCAUCUUCACUGGGAGGAGGGCCGCCGCUGGGCCGCCUCGGAGCCGCAGGAAGCGCUCGGUCGCACAAGCCGAGAAGUGGUACAAACGUCACCUGACCUACCAGAUAGUGAACCGGCCUCGCCACCUGUCUCUGGGCUCGGUGCGGCUGGUGGUGCGUGCAGCCUUCCAGCUGUGGAGCAACGUGUCGGGCCUGCUCUUCCAGGAGGCCCCUGGAGGCCCCGCCGACAUCCGGCUGGCCUUUUACGAGGGAGACCACAACGACGGGGCCAGCAACGCCUUCGACGGACCGGGGGGAACCCUGGCUCACGCCUUCCUCCCUCGCCGGGGCGAGGCCCACUUCGACAUGGCAGAGAGGUGGACGCUGAACGGCCACAAGGGACACAACCUGUUCAUGGUGACCGCCCAUGAGAUCGGACACACUCUUGGACUGGACCACUCCCCGGUGCGCCACGCACUGAUGUCGCCGUACUACAGGAAACUCGGCCGCAACCUUGUGCCGAGCUGGGACGACAUCAUCGCCGUGCAGCAGCUGUACGGUAAGCCGUCAGGUGAGCGGCCCGUGAGGCUGCCGGGCCAGGUGUUGCACGCUGCGCUGCAGGAGUGGGAGUUCACGGAGCUCCACAACAGGCACAAGACCACAGACCAGCCGCUCUACUGCCAGGGCGUCUUUGAUGCCAUCACUAUGGACCAGAACGACACCGUGCUGGUGUUCCGGGGCAGUGUGUACUGGACGGUGUCGGCCGAGGGCAGUGUGAGCGGCCCGCUGCCCCUCCGUCAGCGCUGGCCCGACCUCCCUCCUGCCAUCGAGGCUGCUGCCUUCUCCCCCCCGGACUCCAAGUGGUAUUUCUUCAAAGGGAAGCGGAUGUGGCGCUACACAGGCAGCGUUCUGGACCCCGGCUUCCCCAGGAGGAGCAGUGACCUGGGGCUGCCUCGCCACCCAGACUGUGCCUUCUUCUACACACCCUUGGGUCACAUGGUCCUCUUCAAGGGCUCCCGCUACUCUGUGCUUAACCUCGGCACCCUGCGCCAAGAGCCCUACUACCCCCGCAGGCUGACGGACUGGACCGGGGUGCCGCAGGGGACCAACGGGGCGCUGACGCGUCCGGGCGGACGCCUCUACCUGUUCAGAGAACAGCGCUUCUGGAGGUUCGACCCGGUCAAGGUGCGGGUCACCAGAGAGGGUCAGUGGGCCAAGGACCUGAGCUGGACGGGCUGCGGCAACACUCCUCGGAGCAACGACAUUCUCUGACCAGCAGGCGGAGCUGUCAGCCAGAGAUGAGGUGCAAUUUGUUGAUACUGUAACACCGAGGCCUCUCAAGCCCACGCUCAGGAUGGCUCAAAAGGUCACACUAACAGACACAAGUCCCUUCGGUUUGUACAUUUUCAAAGCACAUACAGUAUUUAUACUGCAGAGCAAUAUUAACAUGACUGUAUAUAGAUUAUUUUAGUAAUAAAUAAUAACAGAACUGAGCGCUGUAAAGUGAACAGGUUUUAGGUGGCGACAAUAUGACACUGAAGUUUGAUCUUUCAAAACCAGAUUAUUCUUUUUAUUGCUCUUGUAGUAUUUUGCACACUGACAAGAGAAAACAACAGAUUUGUAUUUUUUGUCCUGUUUUCAACAGUGUCAGAUAUUGUAUAAAUAACUUACUUUUGGA